AUGGCAACUAUGACGAAAAAUUUUCCGUUAUUGAAUGAAAUUGAUGAUGAACUUAAUUUGAAUAAUAUUGAUUGGAAUAAAAAUGCUUUUCAAACAUUACUUACAUCUAAUUUACCGAUGACAACAAUAUUUUAUUAUGCUAUUGAUGUUGGCCUUCGACGAUUAGAAAAUAGUUUAUAUGAACCAUAUUGGGAUGUUACAGCUGAUGCUUUGAAUGAUUUGUCUGAUUUUUUAUUUAAUACACCAAUGACUGAUGAUAUUAAUUCAUAUUUAUAUGAAGCUAAAUGUCAACUUUUAAUGUAUGCAUCUAUUGCAACCAUAAAACUACAUAUAAUUAGACGUCUAUCAAUAAAUGAAGCUAAAAUGUCUUGUGCGACUAUGUGUUUAUUAUUAUUAGAACAAAGUAAAUCAUAUGAAACUCCAUCAAAUAAAACUGAAUAUUCAUCAUGUAUUCGUUCAAUGCGUUUUCGAUAUUUAAAGCGAAUAUUGAUCAUUGGACAAUGGUUACCAACUUUAUCUAAAAUACGAUUUAAUGAAAUAUAUUCUAAUUAUGAACGAUAUAUUGAAACAAUGAUUGAUCAAUUAUUUCCAACUGUAUCUUUAAGAGAUAAAAUCAAUGGAUUCAUCGAGAAUUGUUUAUUAAGUGAUGAUACUGCAGAAGAUGACGGCUUGGAUAAUGAUACAACAAAAAAUGAUUUUGUAUUCAUACAACGUUUUCCGAAAUUUAAUGAAAAGACUAUUGAGAAACAUAGUGAUCUUAUGCAUUUGGGACUUGUUAAUACAUUAAAUCAAUUAAAUAACAAUAAUACUCGAAAAUUAAUUCAUUGUGUAUGGAUAUUAAGUUGUAUGAUUGAAGCUGAUCGAGUAUCACUUGGAAGUUUAAGUCAUUGUAUAACUCGUGAACAUUUUUCUAUUGAACCAAUUGAUUUUGAACAAAAACCAAUAGUUAUUGAAUCAUUAAACGAACGAGAUCUUAUUGUUUUUCUUCUUUUAUGUGCUCAACAAAAUGUACAUGUCUAUGAAAAUGAUUCAACAUUACAUCCAUAUUUAUUAUAUUCUUCAUCGCAUUUAUGUACACAAAAUCAAAAGAAAUGGUGGCAAACAGCAAUGGAACAAAAAUCAUCAACGGACUUUGUAAAUCAACUUGCAAUUAUUCGUCUUGAUGAUGAAAAACACAAACAAUAUCCACCGAAAAUGAUUAUACUUGAAACAGCUAAAAUUCUAUUUCGAACAGCUCAGAUUACGUAUGAACAACAUUCCAAUCGUUUGGCAUCAUCGUAUGAACAAUAUGCGAUUCAAUAUCUUCAAACAAUUAAAACAAUUCUAAAGAAACAAGAUUUAAAUGAAUCAUGUAAAAUUCAAGAAUUAAAACAAGAUAAAUUAUUUUUUUUCUAUCCUCAAAAAUCGAUCUAUGAAAAUAAUGACAUAAAUAAAAAAUUAAUUAAACAAUUACUUGAAGAAUGUGACAAACUAACUCGACAAUGUGAUGAAAUAAAAUUAUUACCAGCACCAGAACCUCCAAAAAUAUCGAGUCCAAUAAAAGAGGAAAAAGGCUUUUAUAUUUCAAAUAUAUUAAGUUCUACCAAUAUUGACAAAGAAGAAGAAGAAGAAGAACAAGAAGAAAAACAAACAUUGAAUAAUGAUUCACAUAUAUUUGUAACAUCAUUACCAAAUAAUACUUAUGAUGUUACUGAUCAGAUAAUUGAACAAAUUUCACCACCAAUAAUUAUAACAAUGUCAUCCAUUGAAGAACCUAUUGAAACACCUAUACCAUCAUUACCACCUAUUGUUGAUAUGAUAUUUUCUCAUAUGAAUAGUGUUAAUCAAUGGAUCAAUACAUUUUAUGUAGAUAAUGAAGGAAUUCAAAAUGAUAUUCAUACAAUUCGAGAUCGUCUUGAGCGACUUAAUCGAGCAACAAGUCAAAUGAUAUUUUCAAAUGUUAAAAUAUUUCAAUCAGAUUCAAAUACAAAUAAUGGACAUUUUUAA